UUCUGUGUAUUUUGAUAUGGUAUCAGAGCUCCUUUCUUCCACCAUGUCGAGCUCGUCAUCCUCUGUCCCUAGCUCUGCUCCGCAAGCCGGCGUCGUGACGGAGAAGCUUUGCGGAGACAACUUCCCGCUCUGGAGGGCGCAGGUGAUGCCGCCCCUGCGGGAGCGCCAGCUGGUCGGCUUCCUGGACGGCAAGGUGCCGCAGCCGGCCGAGACUCGUGAGAUCGAGUCCACCAAUGAAAAAGGUGAGAAAGAGAUGCAGACUAUUCCUAACCCUGCGUAUGCUGCUUGGGUUGCCCAGGAUCAGCAGGUUCUUGGGUUUCUGCUGUCCUCCCUAUCGAGGGGGGUGCUCACACAGGUUUCCGCUCUGGAGACCACGGCAGAUGUGUGGGCAGCGCUGACGGCGAUGUACUCGUCGCAGUCCCGUGCUCAAGUCAUGCAGAUUCGUAUGCAGCUUGCGAGCACACACAGAAGCGCGAGAUGCGUGUCGCUGAAUACGUGGCACGGAUGAGAGGCCUCGGCGACGCCAUGAGCUCUGCCGGGAAGAAGAUGGAAGACGAUGAUCUGGCCGCAUACAUCUUGGCCGGACUGGACGCGGAGUGGAAUCCGCUCGUGACGGCCAUGACCACCAGGACCGACACGGUCUCCCUCUCCGAGUUGUACGCGCAUCUGCUGAACUUCGAGACCCGCCUCGAUAUCCAGAACGGUGGGUCACCUGGAGCUGCUGCAGACUCCUUCAACUAUGGCGGCGGUCCUCCUGGGGGCGGCGGUGGUGGUGGCAUCCCUCCACUGUCAACCUGGCUUCCCGGGGUGGAGGCCGCAAUGGCUAUCGCGGCGGCCGCGGAGGCGGUCGUGGAUGCGGUGAUGGUGGACGUGGCGGCGGGGGCGGCAACUACAACAACUCUGCACGCCCCAAUAGUCAGCAGCCGUUCGACGCCAACGGCAACCCUCGCCCACAAUGCCAACUCUGUGGCAAGUAUGGGCACGCGGCGCUGAAGUGCUGGAAGCGCUUUAACAAGGACUACAACGGCGAGGAGAAGCCUGCCGGGUCACCUGCGCAUGCGUACGGCGUCGACACCAACUGGUACCUAGACACCGGUGCUUUUGAUCAUGUCACCGGCGAGCUGGAGAAGCUCACCGUCCGUGAUAGGUACCAUGGCCAUGAGCAGAUCCACACUGCCAGUGGAGCAGGGCACGAGGAGAACACUUCUUCGAGGUAGAUCACAUGGUGGUCUCUACCCUUUUUCGUCGAAUCCUUCCACUUCGACAAAACAAGCCUUUGGAGUCAAUAAACCAUCGACUGCUCGGUGGCAUAGGCGUCUAGGACAUCCCUCGUUUGAUGUUGUUCAGCGAGUUUUUAGUCAAAAUAAACUUCCUUCUUCAAAGGAUAAUUCAGAAAACUUUAUUUGUGAUGCAUGUCAAAAGGGGAAGAGUCAUCAACUCCCCUAUCCUAAGUCUAGUAGUGUUUCUAGUGCUCCUUUAGAGCUCAUUUUUUCAGAUGUGUGGGGUCGAGCUUGUGCUUCCAUUGGGAACAACAAGUACUAUGUAAGCUUCGUUGAUGAUUAUAGCAAGUUUACUUGGAUCUAUCUUCUCAAGAAUAAA